UGUGUGUGUGUGUGUAAUGUGUGUGUGUAAUGUGUGUGUGUGUGUGGGUUUGAGGUGAGAACCUGGUGAAGAUAGAUCUGAUGGACUGGAGCGGAGAUAAGACUCAUACCUACUACCAGAACUUCAGGAUCACAGAUGAGAAGGAUAGCUAUCGUCUAUGGUACGGUGUGCAUAGCGGUCGUGGAGGAGAUGCUUUAUCAGGAGGAAGGGGGAUGGUGGAGCAGUGGUCUUCCUCUCUCAGUGGGAUGCAGUUCAGCACCAGAGACCAGGUGUCAUGCAGCCAACCUGAAUGGGAAGUUCUACCGCGGUGGAGUCUACAAGGGUCUCUAUGACAAUGGUGUGGUGUGGGGCACCUGGAGAGGCCUGUGGUACUCCCUCCGACACACCACCAUCAAAAUACGGCCCCUGCUCUCCCUGGACAGCCUGGCAGGCAGCGGAGCAGGGCCAGAUGGGUAGAGCGUCCAGGAAAUACUGAGGCUUCAGCCAGCGCUAGGCCUCAAGACAUGGAGCCGGUCAACCACCGAAUCACCUGCAGUAGAAAGUAUUAGAGGCUUUAAAAAAACAUUAUUUUAAAAAUAUAUUUUCAUUUAUUAUUUUCCAAUCUUUUGUCAAAUUCUUUGUAAAUAUAUAAAAUGUUAAUGAGGCUUUGUCUUCCCAGUUCCAUAGUAUCGUUGACACAUUAAGGUCACAGCAGGGGAAUGAUGUAGUUCAGACGUAUAUGUUUUGAACUAAAUGCAAUUAUGCAAUAAUAAUAAAUGGCAAUUAUA